AUGAGCUCACAGGUGGAUGGCCCAGCUGAGGCUGUGGACAUGGAAGAUGCUUCUCGAAAGAGCAUGGACGUUCUUCCUGUCGAGUACGCGCCCGAGGACAUGAUGAACAACGCACUCGAAUACAAGCAAGAUGCGUUUGGUAACGAGGAAUUCGCCGAGGUCAAGUAUAAGAUCAUGAAGUGGUGGCAAUGCGGUUUGCUCAUGGUUGCUCAGACCAUCUCUCUCGGUAUCCUGUCGCUCCCUGCCGCCGUCGCAACACUAGGUCUUGUCCCUUCCAUUAUUCUCAUUAUCGUUCUCGGUCUGCUCGCCACUUGGACCGGUUACAUGAUCGGGCAAAUGAAAUUGAAAUACCCCUACAUCAUAACCAUGGCCGACGCAGGAGAAGUUCUCGCAGGCUCAUUUGGACGCCAUUUCAUGGGUGUCUCCCAGAUUCUUUUCGCCAUAUUCAUCAUGGCGAGUCAUAUUUUGACGUUCACUGUCGCCAUGAACACAAUCACCAGCCACGGCACUUGUUCGCUUGUGUUUGGCAUUGUCGGCACAAUCCUCUCCUUCCUGUGCUGUGUACCUCGCACUCUGGAGAGGGUGUCCUGGCUGUCUCUUGUUUCUUUCGUGAGCAUCACCGCCGCAGUCUUCGUCUGCAUGAUCGCCGUCGGGAUCGAAAACCCCAGCAGCAGCGUCGUAGCAGUCGGCAAAACCGAUCUCUACCAGGGCUUCUUGGCCGUCUGCAACAUUAUCUUCGCUUUCGCUGGCCACGCCGCCUACUUUGGCUUGAUGGCUGAGCUGAAGAAUCCUCGCGACUUUACCAAGUCUCUCUGCCUGCUCCAGGGAAUUGACAUCAGUCUGUACCUUAUUGCCUCCCUGGUCAUUUACCGCUAUGCUGGUGACGGUGUCACCUCUCCUGCCCUGGGGUCGGCUUCUCCCAUGGUGGCCAAGAUUUGCUAUGGCAUUGCCCUUCCUACGAUUAUCAUCGCCGGCGUCAUCACCGGCCACGUCGCAGUUAAAUACCUCUAUGUCCAGCUGCUGGCUGGAACAGACCGCAUGCACAAGCGCGACUGGGUCGCUGUCGGCUCGUGGCUCGGCAUUGCUGCUACUCUUUGGAUCAUUGCGUGGAUCAUAUCUGCCGCGAUUCCCGUCUUCGGCAAUUUGCUGGGUUUGAUUACUGCUCUGUUCGCUUCCUGGUUCAGUUUCUGCAUCGGUGGUGUUUUCUGGCUGCAUAUCAACAAGAGACGUUUGACAUCCUCGAAGCGGAUGAUUUUCUUUACCAUUAUCAACCUGAUCUUCAUUGGAAUUGGAUUGACUAUGUGUGGUAUGGGUCUCUGGGUGUCCGGAAAGACUCUCCACGACAGCCCCAGCAGUGCGAGCUUCUCGUGUGCGAAUAAUGCUUAA